CCUCUGGGCGCUUCUUCCGGGUGGGUCCCCGGGCCGAGGCGAUGGCGCCCUGGGCGCUGCUCAGCCCCGGGGUCCUGGUGCGGACCGGGCACACCGUGCUGACCUGGGGGAUCACGCUGGUGCUCUUUCUGCACGACACCGAGCUGCGGCAGUGGGAAGAGCAGGGGCAGCUGCUCCUGCCGCUCACCUUCCUGCUGCUGGUGCUGGGCUCCCUGCUGCUCUACCUGGCUGUGUCGCUCAUGGACCCAGGCUACGUGAACGCCCAGCCCCAGGCCCAGGAGGAGCCCAAGGAGGAGCAGACGGCCAUGGUUUCUCCGGCCAUGCCCCUGAGGCGCUGCAGAUACUGCCUGGUGCUGCAGCCCCUGCGGUCCCGGCACUGCCGUGACUGCCGCCGCUGCGUCCGCCGUUACGACCACCACUGCCCCUGGAUGGAGAACUGCGUCGGGGAGCGCAACCACCCGCUCUUCGUGGCCUACCUGGCCCUGCAGCUGGUGGUGCUGCUGUGGGGCCUCUACCUGGCCUGGUCCGGCCUCCGCUUCUUCCAGCCCUGGGGGCUGUGGCUGCGCUCCAGCGGGCUCCUGUUCGCCGCCUUCCUGCUGUUGGCUCUCUUCUCGCUGGUGGCCAGCCUGCUCCUGGCCUCGCACCUCUACCUGGUGGCCAGCAACACCACCACCUGGGAGUUCCUCUCCUCGCACCGCAUCGCCUACCUCCGCCAGCGCCCCAGCAACCCCUUCGACCGCGGCCUGACCCGCAACCUGGCCCACUUCUUCUGUGGCUGGCCCUCGGGGUCCUGGGAGACCCUCUGGGCCGAGGAGGAGGAGGACGAGGACAGCAGCCAGGCUGUUUAGGGCCACUGAAGGCAGGGCCACCAUCUCGUGCCUAAAAACCGGAGAG